AUGGCUGAGGGUACACGCCAAGCUCAAUUAUCUGAAGCAGUAACUUUGCUCUCAACUGAAGCAGGGUACCUGCGGGAAGAACAAACCAAACAAAAAGGCAUGCUAGAAGCAGUGUUACAGCAGCUUAACAACUUGGCAGCAAGCUAUGACCAAUUAGCUCUACGGAUUACUAAUCAGAACUCAGGAGUGGGGCCAUCUAAUGCUAAAGGUCAGUUUAAUAAUCCAUUAUUUGAAAGAACUAGAGGAAUACAUGCUAGGUCUCUAAGAUUAGAUUUUCCUAAAUUUGAUGGGUUAGAACCUAUGGAAUGGAUUCUUAAGGCUGAACAGUUUUUUGAAUAUUUCAAUACACCUGAAGACCAAAAAAUUCAGAUUGCCUUCUUCCACAUGGAAGGCAAAGCCUUGUCUUGGUUUUCUUGGCUAAGGGAUUCAGGUACUUUGGGAAAUUGGGAGGAGUUUACUACAGUACUUAGGGUGAGGUUUGGACCUUCAAUAUUUGAGGAUCCAAUUGGGGCUUUUACAAAGCUGAGACAAACCUCUACAGUAGAAGAAUACCAAACUGAGUUUAAGAUUUUAUCAAAUAAAAUUAAAGGACUUACGGAGGAAUUUCGUAUUAGUACCUUUAUUAGUGGUCUAAGGGAUGAUCUUAAAAUUAUGGUGACUAUGUUUAAGCCAAAUACUAUUUCAGCUGCAUUUGGGUUAGCAAAGUUACAAGAGGAGGAGGUAGCUAGAAGAAGCAGGACAGCCCCAAACAGAACCCAAAACCCAUUUUUACCCACUCAUAAUAAUCUGCCAAAAAUUCCACCAGCCCCACCAGUUUUCAGAUUACCAGCACCAACCACUAGACCUGAAAACAGAAUCCCACAAGCUCCUUACAACCCAAACAGAAAGCCAAUGAUGCCCAUAAAAAGAAUUACCCCAAUUCAAAUGCAAGAAAGAAGGGAGAAGGGUUUAUGUUACUAUUGUGAUGAGAAAUUCCACAUAGGUCACAAAUGUAAUAAGCCCAAGUUGUUUUUAUUGGAAGGGAUCGAAUUGAGUGAGAAGGAAGAAAUAGAAGUUGAGGAGGGGAACUUGGCCAUUAUGGAGCCAAAGGAGAUGGAGGAAGGAAAUAUGGAGAUGGGGGAACUAGUUGGCAUUUCCUUACAUGCCAUGGCUGGUUCAUUAUCACCUAAGACGAUGAGGGUAGAAGGUUUUAUUGAUCAACAGAAAGUUCUGAUCCUUAUUGACACAGGGAGCACGCACAGCUUUGUGGAUCCAUAUGUAGCAAGGAAAUCCAAACUAUCAGUGGGGAAAAGCCAAUUGACAGUUAAAGUGGCUAAUGGGGAUAGCCUUCCUUGCCAAGGAAGCUGUGAUGUGGUGUUGGGAGUAGAUUGGUUGCAAGGUUUAGGAUCAAUCGUAUGGAAUUUUUCUGACCUCACUAUGCAGUUUGAUUUCAGGGGUAAUAAAGUGCAACUACAGGGUUUACAACCUCCAAGCGAAGCCUUGGAAGUAGUGGAAGAUGUUCCUAAUUUACAGAAAGGUUCUGUCAAAGGAAUCUGGUUGCAAUUAAUAGGUGAAUCUGUGAUGAAGAUCCGGGAACACAAGGAACCAAUGCUGGAACAGGUUAUUCAGAAAUUUGAAGAUGUUUUUGCUGAACCAAAUGGCUUGCCUCCUUCCCGGAGUCAUGACUAUAAAAUUGAGAUGUUAGAAGGAGCAAAACCGACUUGUGUAAGGCCUUACAGGUACCCAUAUUAUCAAAAAACAGAAAUAGAAAAGUUGGUGGCGGAGAUGCUUAAGAGUGGAAUUAUUAGAGGAAGCCAAAGCCCAUACUCUUCCCCUGUUUUACUGGUUCGAAAGGCGGAUGGGAGUUGA